AAGAAGAUUCAAGUCAUGCUGUGGGUUGGAUGCUUCAUGUCUGGUGGAGGCUGAUAUGGCUGAGCAUCAUCUAUCAGCGGUUUUAUAUCGUCUUAUCUGGCUGCCUGACAGGCUUCAAAAUAACGUCAGAUGUCAUGGAUAUAUAUGAGUAUAAUGGCCUCCGCGCAAUAUCAUCGACAAGAAAGACUCUAAUUGAGUACCAUAUCUAUAAACCAUCUUCAAUAUGAACGCAACGGCAACAAUAUCUCCCACAGCUACAGCUCCAGCCAUAUCUCCCACCGAGACCUGUACACAUCCAAAACCAGGCAAAAAUGGCUACCUGCCUCCAGAAGCCUGCGAUGCCAUUCUCCUCUAUGUUCCAUCCUUUGGUGCAGCCAUCUUCUUCACGAUCCUGUUCGGGUUGACGACCCUCUGUCACAUAGUUCAAGCUCUCAUCUACAAAAAGAAAUAUGCCUGGGUGGUUAUCAUGGGAGCCAGCUGGGAGUUACUCGCAUUUGUAUUCCGGACUCUACAAACACGACACCAGGACAGCGUGCCCUUUGCUACGGCUCACACUAUUCUAUAUCUUCUGGCGCCUUUGUGGAUCAAUGCCUUCAUCUACAUGACCCUAGGCCGGCUCAUCCACUUCUUUAUCCCCGGCCAACGGCUAGGUGGAAUCUCCGCCAACCGAUACGGACUCAUCUUCGUGUGGCUGGAUAUCCUCGCCUUUAUCGUCCAGCUCGCAGGUGCCAGCAUCACCACACAGCACGAGGUCCCCACCAGCACCACCAUGCUCGGUAUCCACAUCUACAUGGGCGGUAUCGGACUCCAAGAGUUGUUCGUGCUGAUAUUCGGCGUCCUGGCAAUCCACCUCCACCGUCGAAUGGUACAAAUGGAGAACUACGGGGAAUUGGACCAUGAAAAGACCACCCGCGGCUCGAUUUCCUGGCGCUGGCUGUUUUGGGCGCUAUAUGCCGCUUUGACUCUCAUCACCAUCCGAAUUAUCUUCCGACUAUGCCAGUACGCGCGAGGCACGGAUCCGACGAACCCCAUUCUGACCCACGAGGCAUACGAAUAUGUCCUGGACGCGGCGCCGAUGUUCUUGGCUCUGCUCAUUCUGAAUGUCAUCCACCCUGGUCGAGUGUUGCGAGGCCCGGACUCGGAAUUCCCCAAGGUCAGCAGACAAGAGAAAAAGCGAAUCAAGCAGGAGAAGAAAGAGGCCAAGAAAGCUGAGAAAGAGCGCAAGAAGCAUGGUAAGAGCAAGGAAGGACCUUUCGAGUCGCUUUCGAUCCAGGAAGACGGACAAUUUUACAAUUCCAGAGUCUAGUUGUUGGCAAGGUUGGAGUUUCUCUACAAGGUAGUCAUAAGUAUAGAAU